AUAGCCUUCUUCAAUUUUGCUGGAACAACGGUCACGAAAAACCUGUCAGCGACCACCAGAACUGUAGUUGACAGCGCCCGAAUCAUCGUCAUUUGGGCGGCUGGCAUACCACUUUUCGGGCAGAAAUUCAUCCCAUUACAGCUGAUCGGUUUCGCACUACUGAUUGCCGGCAUGUGUGUAUAUAACGAUAUCGUUCUCGGUCCAUGGUGUCGUCGAAAAAUUGUCUCUAAAAUGGACACUUCAAAAUGUUGUACA